GAGUUGCAUUUGGUUUUCUGGUUUGGCGCACUACGAACGUUGUUCUUUAUUGGGUUCAAAACUUUUUUGAAAUUCCCAAAAACAACAACUAUAACUUGCUACUUCAGCAACACUUCAGCUAACUAAAUUUCCUUAAUCGCGCACUUUGAACAUCCCCACUAGCCAAUAUGUUCAAAUCUUUGAUCGAGGCCGCGCAGAACUCAACGUUCAAGUCGCCAUUCUCCAGCGCUGACUGCCAGGCCGCCACGCCCGCACCAAGCACCAACAUCACAUCCUUCUCCAAUGAUGUUUCAUCCCGUCAACUUGCACCAAAUCACAAUUUUGCUGCUGCAGCUGCGGCUCAGGGUGAUUCCUGUGAGUUUGGCUCCAACCACUAUUUUCUGCUGUGCGGUCUAGGCGGUAUCAUCUCUUGCGGCUCAACUCACACUAUGGUGGUGCCACUGGAUUUGGUCAAGUGCCGCUUGCAGGUGGAUCCAGCUAAAUACAAGAGCGUCUUCAAUGGCUUCCGUGUCAGUGUGGCUGAGGAGGGUGCCAGGGGUCUGGCCAAGGGCUGGGCGCCCACUUUCAUUGGCUACUCCAUGCAGGGUCUGUGCAAGUUCGGUCUCUACGAGGUCUUCAAAGUCAUGUACGCCAAUGCCAUUGGCGAGGAGAACGCCUUCCUCUACAGAACUGGUCUCUAUUUGGCCGCUUCGGCCUCUGCCGAAUUCUUUGCUGACAUUGCCCUGGCUCCUAUGGAGGCGGCAAAGGUUAAGAUACAGACGACGCCUGGCUUUGCCAAGACGCUGCGUGAGGCAUUGCCCAAGAUGACAGCACAGGAGGGCGUUGGUGCCUUCUACAAGGGUCUCGUGCCGUUGUGGAUGCGACAGAUUCCAUACACCAUGAUGAAGUUCGCCUGCUUUGAGCGCACACUUGAACUGCUCUACAAGUAUGUUGUGCCCAAGCCACGUGCCGAUUGCACCAAGGGCGAGCAGCUGGUGGUCACCUUUGCCGCUGGUUACAUUGCUGGUGUCUUCUGCGCCAUUGUCUCACAUCCCGCUGAUACGGUCGUCUCCAAGCUGAACCAGGCCAAGGGUGCUAGCGCUAUGGAUGUGGCCAAGAAGCUAGGAUGGGCUGGCUUGUGGGGUGGACUGGUGCCUAGGAUUGUUAUGAUUGGUACUCUGACUGCUGCCCAAUGGUUCAUUUAUGACGCUGUCAAGGUAAUGCUGCGUAUGCCACGCCCACCACCACCAGAUAUGCCCGAGUCGCUGAAGAAGAAGCUCGGCAUCACUGACGGACAGUAAACAAAAUAGCAGUUAACCAUAUUUAAAUAUAGUGUGCACAGUGUGUUUGAACGAAUUAUCGCAAAAUUGUAUAGGCAACAUGAAAAAUAAAAAUUUAUAAACAAAAGAAA